UACAACACUGCAAUGUUUUGUAUAAUCAUUUUUUAAAAUGUAUAAAGUGUUUUUUUAUUAUAGUGACUAGUACUGACUAGCAGAUUGUGUAUAGUGCUGUGAUAUUUGUAAUGGAUAUAGACGAGAGCGAAAUAAGAGAUGCAAUCGAGAUGGUAGAGACUCUCCAGUCCAUGAUCGACGUUGCAGCUGAAAGACUCGAGGGUCUGAGGACGCAAUGCUCCACGAGCGCGGGGCUGACGCAGCAGGAGAUCCGGACGUUGGAGGGCAAGCUGCUGAAGCAUUUCGCGAAACAGCUGAAGAUCAAGGAGCGCUUCGAAGAAAUCCUUCCCCAGUUGAAUGACAUCCCCUGUUUGCGGCAAUGGCUACGAGUGGUUGGUCUCAGUGAACAAGCCAUACAGCAAAUAUGCCUCCGAGUAUCGACCCUGGAUUCGCUCCGAGACCGUUCGGAUUCCGAGCUACGCGGCUGGCUAGUUUCCGUGCGGGAGGAAGAAUGGAAACGGUUGUGUCGAGCUAUGAACCGACUAAGAGCUUAUACCGACGCCUUAAAUCGUGGCGAGGCGGAAGCGGAAAUCCAACUGUAUUGGGAUUCCUGGGACCGGAACCGGCAAGAAUGGGAGCGGACAAGAUUAGAAUGGGAACGAAGUCAACAGUGGCGAGGGUCACCUAGAGCUCGCAUGAGACAACGAGGUUCCGUGCCUAGCGAUCCUGACAACACGCCGCGUAAAGUUGGAAAAUCACCUAGGACACCUCUAAAUAAACGGAAGGAGAACUCCCACCUACCGGCUCCUACGAACCUCACCAAGUCGCGAUCGCACGAGAGCCAACUGGCCGUGAGACCUGAUGAGGCGGGACCGGACGUCAACGACACCCCCGGCGCGGAAGCGGCGCCCUCCACCACUGAAGCCCCCUCCCCCCCGCCCGCCUCCCCCCGCGUGCCGCCCUCGCCCGCGCCGCGCCCCGCCUCCCCCGCGCCCGAGCCGCCGCACGAGCGCGUCGCGGACUACCCGCCCACACCUGCAAGAGACCCCAGCAUCAGCGGCUCUCUCCCGUACAGCGUGAUCGGCGCCACCCCCCGCUCCCCGCGCACACCCGUCGGCCGCUGCAUGGCACACGACAUCGCGCACAGAUUCGCUAAGACCUUCAAUAUGAUUGCAACUUGUGACUACUGCGACAAACAGAUGUUGUUUGGGUCCGGCUUGAAAUGUAAGGAGUGCAAAUUUAAAUGUCACAGAGAUUGCGAGCCUAAAGUACCUCCAUCGUGCGGCCUGCCCGUCGAGCUUGUCCACGCUUUUAGAGACAAAGUUAGCUUCAAAGAGACUCCGUUCGGGCCUACACCCCUACUACACCUCCUAGCGGCGGGCUCGGCCGGGUCGCCAGGCGCAUCUCGCGGCUCAUUACUCGGAACCAUACAGCGCACGCACCGACACAAGGAGAGGAGGCAGAAACACCCGGGCGACGACCUGUCGAACUCGUCGUCGUGCAACAGCUCCACGCCGUCGUCACCAGCGCUGGUGGCGCCCGCCACGCCGCACCACGCGCACCCGCCGCACCACCCGCACGCGCCGCAGCCCGCGCCGCCGCACAAGCCGCAGUUCCACUUCCCCGAAGUGAAGCCUCCUGUGUCAAGUCCUAACCACGUGACGCCGGCGCCUACGCCUGCUCGAAUCGUCGACUUCAGUUCCGAAGUGGAAGAAAUUGAACCUGAAGAAAUGGCGGAAACGAACGACGCGCUGCAAGACUCGCUCGACGCCAAUAACCAGAACCAGCCGGGCCCGUGGCCGAGACAAAAUAGCUUAUCACUAAAAGAAUGGGACAUUCCCUACGAUGAACUGAUACUACUGGACGUCAUUGGCAAGGGACGUUUCGGUACUGUCUACCGGGGGUGUUGGCACGGCGCGGUUGCGGUUAAACUGUUGCACGUUCAAGCCCUCUCCGACCAUGCCAUACCUCUAGACACCUUCAAGCAUGAGGUGGCAACAUUCCGUAAAACCCGCCACGAGAACCUCGUCCUCUUCAUGGGAGCGUGUAUGAAGCCGCCGCGACUCGCCAUCGUGACGUCACUCUGCGGCGGCAUGACGCUACACAUGCACAUCCACCUGAGGAAGGACAAGUUUAACCCUAACAAGAGCCUUAGUAUAGCACAGCAGAUAACACAGGGAAUGGGAUAUCUACACGCGCGCGGCAUUCUACACAAGGAUCUUCGAACGAAGAACAUCUUCGUAGAGAAUGGUCGGGCCAUCAUCACCGACUUUGGGCUGUUCAGUGUCACCAAACUGUGCUUCGGGAACAAUGCCCGCGGCGACAGUUUGGGUAUACCACCUGGCUGGCUGUGUUACCUCGCGCCUGAAUUGAUGCGAGCUCUGCGACCUCACACGUCACUUCAUUUGCCGUUCAGUAAGCAGACUGACGUGUAUGCGUUUGGGACCGUAUGGUACGAGUUACUCUGCCUCGAGUUCCCUUUCAAAGGACAACCAGCGGAAGCAAUCAUCUGGCAAGUUGGCAAGGGCGUUAAGCAGGCGCUCGGCAACAUGUCAUCUACUAAAGACGUCAAGGACAUGCUAAUGAGCUGCUGGGCGUACCAACCAUCCGAGCGGCCCGACUUCGCAUCCCUCCUCGCGUCGUUCGAGAAGCUCCCUCGCAAGCGCCUCGCGCGCUCGCCCUCACACCCCGUCAACAUGUCGCGCUCCGCCGAGGCCAUCUUCUGAGACUGACGCGCUCGCACGCGCGCGGCCCGCGAGUGCGAGCGCAACGCCAACGCCAACGCCAGCGCCAGCUGUCUCAACACCAUCUGCCGGGUUUCCACGUGAAACGGUGCGAGCACGGUCGAAAAGUGAAAUACGAAGUGACUCGAGUGCAAACUUUAGAACAACAAGUAUAUAAUCCUCUUUUGAAUUCAAGUAGUCUGAAAUAAAUGCGUUUUUCAACGUCUUUCAUCAAUUUCAAAGCAUGCAACGCCAACGCUCGCUGACUCAACACCAUCUGCCGGGUUUCCACGUGAAACGGUGCAAGAAUGGAUAAAAGUGAAAUAUAAAGUGACAUGAGUGCAAACUUUGUAACAAAAAAUAGUGCGUGGUGUCCCUCGGAAGAAGUGAAACUUCGUAAAGUGGAAAUGAAAAUAGGACGGGGUAUUUCAAGAUUCGAGUUGGCAACACUGAGCGUUAAACGUUUAACGCUGUCAGUUGGAAGUCGCAUUACAAGUUUCACUUCAACGAGAAAAGUAUGACUAGAGAUAAGUAUAAUCCUCCUAUGAAUUCAAGUAGUCUGAAAGAAAUGCUUUUUUCAACAAGUUUUUCGUCAAUUUUGAAAUUAUCCAUUGAUUUUCAUGCUUAGAAGCAUGAAAAAACUAAAAACUUUCUUUGAUGCAUAAAAUAGAAACCAAAUAAUCACAAAGCCUUUAUAUUAUUUAUAAAACUAUGCAGACGAAAUAGUGAUGUUUUGUUUAGACAUGUUUUUCCUUAGAUGUAGCGUUAAAAUUUACUUGAAUUUGUAACUAUACCGAGUUAUAGUUUCAGUUAAUUCAAUGUAUACCUGAUACCUAAUCCAGUGAUUCAUCAGAAUAAUGAAAAUUUCUUGAGCAAAAUAUCCUCGGAGGAAUGCUAAAAUAAGGAAGGCAAAAUAUAGAGGUAGAUAAAGCAACCUAACGUUCCCGUGGGUGGAUUUUUGAAAGGCAGUAAAAAGCUCCCUAACAUAAAUUACUAUGGGUCGGUUGCACCGAAUCGUCUGUUACCGAAUUUAGCGUUCGCAAUUUUUAUUGUAUGGGAAUUUCCAUAGACAUACAUACCAGUGGCGUAGCGUCGAUGCAAUUCGAUUCCUAUUUCUAUUCCCAAGGGGUUCCCUGAAAUUAUUCAGUAUCUGUAGAAGUCCAUACAAAACAGAUCCCAAAAACCCCUCUGGCUUUACCAACAAAAAUUUUCACGCGUCGCCACUGAUACACAAAUUUCUGCUGCGUGACUUUGUGUGUUAACUGUGGUUGAUGUAACUGGUCCUAAGUUACGAAAAACAUGUUGGUGUUUGAGGUAACAAAACGACUUAUUAACUGCAAUAAAAAAGUUUCUGACAGGUUGUACCCACUAAGGUCAACACUAUGUAUAAUAGUAUAAGAAUAAUUUUAGUCUACGUUGAAAAAUGUAAAUUUACUCAAUCAAUGAGGUACCAUAUGCAGUCCUAUCUUUUGCAAUUUGACAAAAGUCUUCUAAUGUAAAUAAAUAUAUCUUAAUCAUCUUGUAACAUUUUUGGAUAAUUGUCACCUCAUUGGUUGAUAAAGUCUUGAUCUCGUAACUAGAGCGGGGAAAUUAUAUUUUCUUAUCAAACUGGACGUAGAUUUGUUGAAUAUGUAAAUAUUGUACAGUGUUACUAGGUGUGUGGAUGAUAUGCUGAGCUUUUACUUAUACAUUACCUAAAUUAUGUACCUAAGAUGCGAAGAAUCAUUCUGAGAAGUAAACUUGUAAAUAAAAAGGUACAGUCAACCAAUUGGAACCCUAGGUCACUGUAGAACUAUUUCAUAGUGACGUUAUGAGUCAGGUUGUAAGAAAUCUUUUACUGCUUGUCAUUUUGACAUGGUUGUAGAGUGGCCUAGGUUGUAGAGAUGAGCUAUUGCCGGUAGAAAUGAACAGAAGAUAGUCGCCCCGUAUAAAUUGUGGACGACCGAUCUGGCGCUGUCGGUAGUGACCCUGACUGCUACGCCGCGGUCCCGGGUUCGAAUCCCGGUAAGGGCAUUUAUGUGUGUGAUGAGCACAGAUAUUUGUUCCUGAGUCAUGGAUGUU